CCUGGGGACGCGUCGGGCUCUGAGACGCAGGGCUUGUGGAGAGAGCCGGGCUUUCCUGGCGGGCCGCCGCCGGGUCGGUUUGGCGGGAAGCGGCCACGCGCCCGGCACCCUUUUCCCCACACCGCCCCGCCCCUCCCUGAGCCAGUGUGCGCGUGCGCGGCGUGGGGGCGGGGCCCGCGCGAGAAGCGGAGCUUUGGGAAGAAGCCGUAGUUCCUCAGCGGCCACUCGGAGGGGCGGGGCGGCGGGAGCGGCGCCCGGAGGGCGGGGCGCGGCGGCCAUGCAGGCGGCAGGCGCAGACGCAGGCGCGGGCAGCGGGGCGGGCGCUGCGGACGACGGCUCGGAUGGCCAGGACCGUCGCCGUGGCCCGGGCGGUCCCGGCUUUCCCGGCGGCGCGGGCGAGGCAGCUGCUGCCGCCGCCGGCAGGGCUCGGCCCGUCUCGAGCGUGCGGCACGUCCCGGAGCCGGGCGGAGACGCCGCUGCCACGACUGGAAGGCGGGAGUGCCGAAGACACAUAUUUGCCCUCUGCGUGCCUUUUCCAUCCCGCUUGGAGGCGGAGAUUGCCUGUGGGUCCCUGGCCCCAGAUGCCGAGCCCCACAGAAAGGCUGUCGAGAAGCAGCUCACAGUGAGCGGCAGCGUCCUGGCCGUCCACUGGAGAGCUGAGGAUCCUCGCCUCCUGCGAAUUUCCGUCCUCAACUUCCUGGACCACCUUUCCCUGGUGAUGCGGACCAUGCGGCGCUUUGGGCCCCCCGUUUCCCGCUAAGCCUGGGCUGGAGAGAGGGGCUGAAGUCUAACGUGUCCCUCCCCGGGGACUGCUGUCGUACCAGCUGCCACUGUGUUAGGAGGGCCUAAUCCUCUGCCACUACCGGCCCCAGGGCACUCGGGGCCCGCCCGCCCGUUUGUUUUGUUUUGUUUUGUUUGCCGCUUGACCGUUCCUCAGUGCAGACAAUUAAACGGAGCUGUGCGGUUGGU